UCCAAACCCACAUACGCACUCCUCUCCAGCCCUCCAAAGCAACAGGCGAGAAGAAGGAAGAGCGACAAAAGCAAAAGAGCAACUCCUGCAACUUUUUGGAACGAGCGCAACGAGGAGAAGCGUCCGAGGAUGCCAAACGCGUCGGUUUUGCAGAUGGAUCACAUGGGUACGCGAGGGAACUGAUUUUCUUUUUCCCAAAGAAGAAAACAGGAGGGAGGACACACGUUUUUGUUUUUUUUUUCCUCCACCGUAUGAGACGUCAAAAGUUUCCCUCUGUAUUAACAAAGCAGGCGCCUUUGAGCUGGAGUUGAAGCCCUCGGCUUGUGAUUAAAUGUCCCGGGGUCUCUGUGGAGGGCAGUGAAAGGAUGCCAGGAUGCCCUCUCUGAUCUCCCAUCUGCUUGUCAUCUGGCUGAGCGUCCACAGGCUUGUGUGGUGCACGGAGCGCUCCUCCACACGGGAGCGCUUCAAGGUGGUCAUCGCUCCUCUCAUCUGCAAGCGGGUCUGCCUGAAGGGGCAGUGCCAGGAUACCUGUGAGCAGGGCAACAACACCACGCUGAUCGCGGAGAACGGGCAAGGGGCCGACACGCUCACCGGACCGGGCUUCAGGGUCGUUGUGUGUCCCCUGACGUGUUUGAAUGGAGGAGUAUGCAGCUCGAGGAAGCACUGCCUGUGCCCUCCCGGCUUCACCGGUCGACUCUGCCAGUUUCCUCUUCAGCAACCCCAGGCAGCGCGAGGCAACGAGCAGCCUGUGUACCCCGUAGCUUUAAAGCCAGACGGCCAGAAAUUUGUGGAGUCAAGCAUAAGCCGCAACCAGUUUACACACACGUCGUCAAUGUCGAUCUUCAACGUCCCCUUAUCACAGCCGGGGCAUCACUCCUCAGAAGUGCAGUUUAAUGUACGUGUUCACCACACGCCAGACACCUCCGUAGUCAUUCACUCACUUGACUCAACGGAUAUCAAACCUCCUCAUAAGACGGGGAUACGCCAGGUCCAGCUGAGGCGCAAACCAAAGGGGCGCUGCUUUCAAGAGACCACGCCCAAACAAGCCUGCAACAGCACCCCGCUUCCUGUUCUGACCAAUCAGGAGGAUUGCUGUGGGAGUGUGGGGAAUUCAUGGGGACAAAACAAAUGUUACCAGUGCCCCAAAUUACCAAAUGCAUCAGUCAAACAGAACAUUGUGGAAGACUAUGGCUCUACUUGUCCCCAAGGCUAUAAAAGAUUCAACAGCACUCACUGUAAAGAUAUCAACGAGUGCUCCAUGCAGGGCGUCUGUCAGAACGGAGACUGUUUGAACACACUGGGCAGCUUCAAGUGUUCCUGCAAAUCUGGUUUUGUCUUGGAGAGAAAUCGAUGUGUUGAGUAUCCACCUCUGGGUCAGUGCUUCCGGAUAGCAUCCAACGACAGGAGCUGCAAUUACCCGCUGCCGACCCCCCACACCCAGGUGGUAUGCUGCUGCACAGUGGGCAAAGCCUGGGGCCGAAACUGUGAAAGAUGUCCUGAGGAGGGUACAGUGGCCUUCAAAAAACUCUGCCCUGCUGGGAAAGGCUACUUUUUACAAAACAUAAGAGAGACAGUCCAAAUCACCGUCCCCAGUGACCAUGAAAACCAAGAGCACACCAAGAAGAUUCAAGCAGAGACAACGACCACUGCGCACCAGGUCCCCACCAGCACCACCCGUCCUCGUGUGCCUGUUAUUAAACCCACCCCGCCGACAAUCAUCCGAAUGACCCCCGGCAAUGAUCCCUUCGAAACACAGACAAAAGUCUUCCCACCGACAGAUGAAUGCAGGCUGAGCAGAAACAUUUGUGGUCAUGGAGAAUGUGAGAACAGCCUGACCGGGCACAUCUGUCACUGCCAUCCUGGCUACCAUUUCAACCCGCAGAGGAACAUCUGUGAGGAUGAUAACGAAUGUGAGUCAGAGCCGUGCGGCCAUGGCAGAGGCUAUUGCGUCAACACAGAGGGAGCAUACAAAUGCUUCUGUCGCCCAGGCUACAAACACAUGGUGCACCAUGGUAGACUUAAGUGUGUAGAUGUGGAUGAAUGCUUUAACCAGGACAUCUGUGGUAUCGGGGGUCGCUGUGUUAACCUGCCAGGCUCUUAUAAAUGUGAAUGUCACAGCGGUUUUAGAAGCAAGUCACACCGUAGUCCAGCCUGUGAAGACAUAAAUGAGUGUUUGAAUCCCGACACUUGCCCCAAUGAACAAUGUGAGAACACGCCAGGCUCCUACGAGUGUGUCCCCUGCUUGCCUGGUCAUGAAGCCCGUGCUGGCAUCUGCUAUGAUAUUAAUGAGUGUCAGAAGCCUGGCAUCUGCCCUAACGGUCACUGUGAGAACCUGGCUGGUACCUACCGCUGCCUGUGCAACGAGGGCUUCCUCCCAUCUGUAGACAGCAAAGCUUGCACUGACAUCGAUGAGUGUGCGGACGUUCGGCUGUGCGCUAACGGCCGCUGCAUCAAUACCGACGGCUCCUUCAAAUGCCAUUGCUACCCAGGAUACCAGCGCACACAAGAGGGCAGCCACUGUGAAGAUAUCAACGAGUGUAAAAAUCCAUCAAGCUGUCAUGGGGGCCGCUGUAUCAACAACAUGGGUUCAUACCACUGUGAGUGCCAGCGGGGGUACAAACUGGUCGGAGGCAGGGAAUGCCAAGACAUUGAUGAAUGUGCCUUGGACAGAAGUCUCUGCCAGCCCCACGGCUUUUGUGAGAACAAACGGGGCUCGUACGAGUGUGUCUGCAAUCACGGUUACAUCCUCUCAGAGGAUAGACACUACUGUGAGCCUGUUCGAGUGGUGAUGGAUGAGAAGAAAGAGUGCUACCUGAACCUCGAUGACACCGUUUUCUGCGAUAGCGUCCUGGCCACCAAUGUCACCAAGCAGGAGUGCUGCUGCUCCAUCGGAGUGGGAUGGGGAGAUCACUGUGAGAUCUAUCCCUGUCCUGUCUCCCAUUCAGCCGAGUUCCACGACCUUUGUCCAAACGGGCAGGGUCUCUACUAUGAAGAGAGUCUCCAGUACAACCUCCCAGCCUACCAGGAUAUUGACGAGUGUUCCUUGUUUGCCGAAGAAAUCUGUAAGAAAGGUCGCUGUGAGAACACGCUUCCAGGCUACGAGUGCUACUGUCAACAGGGCUUCUACUAUGAUAGCAACCUCCUUGAGUGCAUUGAUGUGAACGAAUGUCACGAUGAGUCUAUGUGUACUAAUGGCCGGUGCAUCAACACUGAAGGGUCCUUCUACUGCAACUGCAAUCAACCCUGGGUCCCAGACUCCAACAGGAAAAAGUGCGUAAUGGUAACAGUAGCAGAUGUGAAUGAGUGUGAGAACCCAGAAAACUGUAAAAAUGGCCGCUGCGUGGACACCCCGGGCUCCUAUUACUGCAUCUGCUCUCCACCCUGGACCCUGGCCACUGACCGCAACAGUUGUGUGACUCCUGAGGAGCAGGCUGAUGUGAAUGAGUGCCAGGACCCCUCGUACUGUAAGAACGGGAGGUGUGAGAACACGCCCGGCUCCUUUCACUGCUUUUGUGACCCUCCCCUCACCUUCAGUGCAGCGCUGAAACAGUGCGUCUAUGACGAUCGGACUGCUGCUCACAAGGAUGUGUGCUUCACGCGAAUUGAGGAGGGCUGGAUCUGCAGCGAGCCCCAGAACCGGGUGGUGACGUAUUCAGAGUGCUGCUGUCACUUCGGUCGUGGCUGGGGGCCCGAGUGUAACAGCUGCCCUCCCAGAAACUCAGCAAUGUUCAGCCAUCUGUGUGGGAUGCAUCUUGAGACGGAGUCAGACGGGGAGCAGGAUUUGCAGGCAGCUUUCCCCAACUACAACCCAGGUGACAGUUCAGAAGAAGAUUCGGACGAAUGCAGCUGCGGACAUGGCCGCUGUGUCCGUUCCUACCUGGGCACUAUGUGUGAAUGUAACCCAGGCUUUAGGCUAGACUACUCGCGUGCUCGCUGUAUAGACAUUGACGAGUGUGCAGAACCAGAAGUCCGCGUUAAUCCAUGCAAGAACGCUCGCUGUGUGAACACUUCUGGCUCGUACAAGUGCUUGUGCAAGCACGGCUUUGCGCCCACGCGUAGGCCAAACGUGUGCGUCCGUCGCAGAACUCGGUAACCUCUGUGCGUUGCUCUGCGUGCCGCUACGUCUCUCCCCGUCUACGCGGCGUGCACAAACAAACCAGCACGUGCUGCUCUUACACGCCUCUCUCAUGGUACAUACAUGGGACUGUGUGAACGCAGUAAACAUACAAACAUGUUGUCAUCGGGAGCCACGUCAUAACAAUGGCUCAUAUAAAAUGUACAAAACAUAUCAUUGUCAGCCCCUUUUUCAUUGGCCAGUCCACAUUUUAAAAAAUCUGCAACACAGAUAAGGAAUAUGUUUGUUUAUUUGUGCGCUAAAAGUAUUUUGUAAUUAUUUUUUUAUUUUGAACUGUUUUUGUAGUUUAAAUUGUGCAUUUUGUGAUUUUUGUCAUUGACCUCCCAGUUGCUUUUAUCUUCUUUUGAAUCUUUGAUUCAAACAAUGAGGAAAUGAGUUUCAAACAUUUCUAUGGUAUUAUAAUUGUCUUUAACCUAUUCAGUAGUUGUAUAUUGUAGGAAUGCCUUGUGGUAUUCCCAUUUACAUUCCCAGUUGCAUCCACAUUCUUUCAUGUUAAAGUCAUCUGAAUUUUAUUUCCUUGCCACACAUUGUUGACGUUGUUUUUUUGUACAGUUUGUUUCGUGGAUUGGUCCCUGUCCUCCCCUUCUUAUUUGUUUAUGUAAAAUAUGAGAAACCUGAGGUUUUUGUAUAAUUUGACAUGUGCACCUAAGUGGACUUAAGCUUGAUAAAAAACAUUUCAUGCACUUAGCAAUAAAUAUAAUGGAAAUAUUUGCGAAAUAUAGCUUAUUCUGAAAAAGAAAUCAAGCAAGUUUAACACCUAUUGCCAUUAAACACUGCAUCAAAGUAUUUAGGAAGCCAAAGAUGCUGUUGUGAUGAGAAGAAUUUGAUUAAAAAAAUGACAACCUUU